AUGGACGUAAAUUACCACAAUGAGUCCACCUGUACAGUAGUAGCAAGGAUCCAGGCUCAAUUUGGGUACUUGAUAUCGCAGGACAGUGGGAAAGAAAGAAAAAACAAAUCUUCUCUUCCCCAGAUGGUUAAAAUUACCCUAUUUGUAGUGCUCAUCUGGGCGUCCCGCCUCUCCAUUGAGGAUGACCUGCCAAAAACUGCCCCAUGCGAAAAAAUCAGGAAGUGUUCUGUGAAGCCCCUUCUCCACGCAGUAGAACAUGAAGAGUGA